GAGGUAUCUUCACUUGAAAUCAUCAGCGAAAAAUCAUUUUCCUUAUUGUAUUCGUUUCUGCACAGCACAGGCUUAAUUUUAAGCGUUUUUUUGUAUUGAUAAAGUUUCAUAUUGUUUUGAGUGUACCUUCCCAGUGUCAUAGCUGAAGAAAAGCAGCCUCCAAUCAUUGUACGUUUCAAGGGCUCAAGAUCAAUGAAAAUUCAUAAAAUCCCAUGGUUAGGACAUUUUGAUGAUCGCGGGCAUAGAUUAUCCAUUUUUUCUGUACACGUACACCCAGAUGGAUCAAGAAUUGCUACUGGUGGAUUAGACGGUACUGUUCGAAUAUGGUCAACCGAAGCAAUUCGUUUAGCAGACGGAAAUGAGGAAUUGAAAGUACACAAACAGCUUUGUUGUAUGAGUACUCAUACUGGUACAGUAACGUCUGUGCGUUUCAGUGCAAACGGGCAAUACCUUGCUUCGGGAAGUGAUGAUCGCGUGGUAAUCAUUUGGCACAAGGAAGACAUAAUUCCUGGUAUUGGUCCUACUUUUGGUUCUAGUGAAACCCAUACCGAAAAUUGGCGCAGCUAUCGUCGUCUUUUAGGACAUGAUAACGACAUCCAAGACAUUUGCUGGAGCUACGACAGUCAAUUGUUCGUUAGUGUUGGUCUUGACAGCUCCAUCAUUGUUUGGAACGGGACGACGUUCGAACGCCUAAAACGAAUUGAAGCUCAUCAAAGCCAUGUGAAAGGAAUAACCUUUGAUCCAGCAGGGAAGUAUUUUGCUACAGAAAGCGAUGAUCGUACAAUCAAGGUCUGGCGUGUUAGCGACUUUGCCCUUGAAAAAACUAUCUCCGAACCUUUCAAUAACUCUCCGUUGUCUACUUAUUUUCGGAGGCCUUCAUGGUCUCCAGAUGGAAAACAUAUUGCUGCCUCAAAUGCUAUGAACGGACCUGUAGCAUGUGUUUCAAUAAUUGAAAGAGGUACUUGGACCAGUGAAAUUAAUUUAAUAGGUCACGAGGGACCAGUUGAGGUGACUUCUUUUAAUCCAAAGUUGUUCAAGGACAGUAAUGACAAGCUCGUUUGCAUUUUGGCUUGCGGGGGUCAAGAUCGUUCCUUAAGUAUCUGGAGUAGCGCAACUUCCAGACCAAUGUUAAAUUGCCAAAACAUAUGUCAAAAAAGCAUUGGAGAUGUUUGUUGGUCUCCAGAUGGAUUAAAUCUAUACCUUUGCUCUUACGAUGGUACUCUUCUUGUUUGCACAUUUGAGGCAGAUGAGUUUGGACAGAUGGUGAGCGAUGAGGAGAUUGCAAAAACCUUGGCAAAGUAUGGUCAUGGUAGGCAUGGUAUUGUUUUACCUGAGUCUUCGAAACAGUUAUCUCUAGAAGAAUCAGCUGAAAACGCAAAGUCUUUAUCAAAUAAAAAUAAAUUAGAAUCUAAUCCAUUACUCUCGGAGAUGCCGUCGACCCCUUUGAGAGGAAGUGAAGUUACUAAACCGGCUUCACCAUCAAUCAAUGUUGAAACAUUACCCAAAGUUUCGAAUCAAUCUCCUAAGAAGACUCCAGUUAACGAUACAGCUGCUGUUGAGACUCCGGGAAAAAAUACACAAAAGGUUACAAUUACAAAGGAUGGAAGAAAACGUGUUGCUCCUCAACUUUUAACGACGCUACAAGCAGCUCCUAGUACAUCACGAUUGCCAUCAACUCAAUUACAGCAAAGCAGCGCUCCUCAGUUACCUCCUCAACAAUUUUCGCAACCAGUUAACUCAAUACCAAAAGGUGGUGUUCCAAUUUUAGUCGUUGGUUCUAAGCAAAAACCAUCGGAAGAUCCUAAUACUGGUGAAUUUAUUGGUGUAGAAGAAAGUAAUUUACCCAAUAUUGACACAUUCCAAAACUUCCUUCCGAAUGCUAUAGAAAGAAGCACCGUCAUCCCUACAGGAGAGCUUAAAGUUCCUUCUUUAAAAUCCGCCGUUAUCACAUCAAUAGAUAACCUUAGUCGAUAUACUUUGGAAGUUAAGAAUGGGAGCAGUGAAAAGAAUCCUACCCGUAUUGUGGUUCUAGAGAAUGGUACUACAAGAUGGAUGGAUUAUUUACCACGCCCAGUUUUAUUGUCUACUGGUAGCAUACAUUUUUGGGCAGUUGCCUGUGAUGAUGCGUCAUUGCAUAUUUAUUCCCUUACAGGAUCAAGACUACUUCCUCCAGUGAUGAUUGAGUCAAAACCGGUGUUCCUAGAAUGCAACAACAAUUUUCUAUUUUGCAUCUGUUCAAACGGAAUGACGCAUGCUUGGGAUAUUCCUAAUAAAAAAUCUUUAUUUAGCUCUUGUUCCUUGGCUCCUAUUUUAGAUUCUGCUACUCAACUACAGAGUGAAGAGCCUUAUAUAGUGCCGCAUGUUACUACAGCUAACAUAAGUCGUGAAGGCAUCCCAAGCGUUAGCUUAUCAACUGGACAAACAUAUGUGUACUCUAGUUUCAUGCUUUCUUGGCAAAGAGUCAGUGAUCCUUGGUGGGCAUUCGGCAGUAAGCAUUGGGAUUCCAAUGGAAUAGAGAAUAGAGACCGACCUUUACGUUUUUAUGAGCAACAAACAAAUGAAGCACUAAUGGAAAUUGGAAGAGGAAAAUUUUUACACAAAAUGGUAGAGGAUUUUACAAAUGAAGAGGGCUAUGAAGAUUUUGAAAGAAUUAUGACCAUAAAUCAUUUGGAGAACAGGAUUGCAGCUGCGCGCCUGUUACAUUUGAAUGAUGAGUUUUUGGAGACAAGUGAAAGCUACUGUAAAUUAUUAAUGCAAAGUGGAUGCUGGCAAAAGUUGGAAGAAUUCUUAGAUGAAGUUUAUGCAGAUACGGAAUCUACAGAUCUACUUUCUGGAAAAGAACUUGUUGCAAGGAUUCUAAUAGCUCUUCGGCAACUCGUACAAACUGAUGCGGAAUUUGAACGUGUAAAUAAGACCAUACAAAAAUAUCCUACUUAUUCAUUACUUUAAAGGCUCAUGAACUUUCUUUGCAAAUUCGAAUUUUUUUAUUGGUGCAAACAACUCCACAUAGAAAAACAAUUAAUUUUUAAGUCUAAGAGAUUUUUCAAUCAACAUGGCUUGUAAAAAUGUACACAUUCCUCAGGUCGUGCAUUUAAUCUAAAAUGGUUUUCCACUGUAAGGGAUUAGUAAAUAAAAUCAAGGAUAAAUCUGGCAAGCUUACCAAAUUAUCACCUAAAUGGUGGACAUUCUCAAUUCCAAUUCCCUUAUUUGUCUCAAUCCUAGAUAAUAUUGUUAAUAAACGCAAUGAAAACGAAAGUUAUCGUGAAAAUAGUAUGCAUACAUUUCUUUAGAAGUCAUCUUUGUGAGACCAAUGGCGGCCGGAGCUCCUUUUCCUUCAGCCAUAAUAAUCACAUAUUCAUCUUUGCCAAUAUCUUCUGGUAAGUUUCCACCUGCAGAAGUAAGACCCGGAAUCAUAACAUUGGCGCCAGACAAAACGAAUUUGAUAGCACCACGGUCAACGCGAACUUGAGGGAAAGCAUCGGGACCUGCACAAGCAUUUAUUAGAAGGAUAUUCAUGCUUUUGAAUAAUAAGCAAAGUAAAUAACAUACACUUGUGAAUAAGGCGAAGAGAGGGAACUACUGGUCCAUCAAAGUGUUGAAAGAGAAUUACUUCUCCAUUCAAAGCAUACAGGAAGAUACGAUCCUCACUAAUAACGAACUGUUAGCUAGUAACUCAAGGAGGAAUUCGACUCCAAGACAAACCAUUUAAUUUGCGUCAACUGAGAUUUUUUUGGGAUCAAUUCGUCAAUGACUAGCUCGAGCUUAGGGAAAGUUUCAACAAGUUUUGACUUGAUGCCACGUUGGAUAGAGGAUUUAAUAGGUGUUGUUCCUUUAAAGUCUUCCUUUGAGUUAAAUCUAUUGGUAGUGUUAGAGACAUAAUCGAAAAUAGCAAAGAACCCACAAAGAAACCAACCUUUUGAACAUUAUUAUUUUAGUAUUUAUUUUUUUAGCACAAACAAUUAAUAAACUGCUAAUAAGCCUG